AUGUUGGAUCUAUUUACUAUAUUUAGUAAAGGUGGAAUUGUGCUUUGGUGUUUCCAAAGUACCUCGCAAAUAUUUGCGCCUAGCGUUAACGCGCUAAUACGAAGUGUCAUAUUGCAAGAACGUACGGGAAAUCAUACUUUUGAAUAUGAUUCUUUGCGGUUGCAAUACAAACUUGAUAAUGAGUUUGAAUUAGUGUUUGUUGUUGCAUAUCAAAAGAUACUACAGUUGUCAUAUAUAGAUAAAUUUUUAAAUGAUAUUCAUUUGGAGUUUAGAGACAGAUUUAAAAAUGAGUUGGAGAAGUCUCAAUGGUUUUAUAAUUAUGAGUUUAGCAGGAAUUAUGAACAUGUUCUUGCUAUGGCUGAACAAUGGGCACGAACUCAGGCUAAGAUACCUAAACAAAUGCGUACGUUUGAUGAGAGUCAAAAAUCAAAGAAAACUGUUGCUAGUAUGAUUGAAAGAAAAGAUGACAAGGAUAAUAAAAAGCAGGUGAAAGUUCAAGAGGUUCCAAAACAGGACCUGGUGAAUAAUCAAAUAAAUCAUAAUGGGGAAAUAAACGAAGAGAUUUUAAUUGCGAACCGCGUGAAAUUGGCUCAGAAACUAAACAAUCAAAAGAAGAAAGUUGAUAAGCAGAAGAGUCAAAAGCCUGAAAAGGCAGGUAAAAAACCUCGCGUGUGGGAAUUAGGUGGGACCACCAAGGACCUUGCUACCUUAGAGCGCACCAAAGACAAACCAGAAGAAAGUGGCGAUUAUGUGGCAGCUGAUACAACAUUAGUAGGCCAGAUGAAAGGCAGUAUUCGUGAUAUAGAAAUUGAAAGUGAGUCCGAAGAUGAGUCUGAUCAAGAAAUCGAGAACCCUAAGCCGCAAGUACAAAAGAAAACAAACAGUAUGUUUUCAAUGUUCAAAAGUUUGGUCGGUAAUAAGAGCUUGAAGCACGAAGACAUGGCUCCAGUUCUGGAUAAACUGAAAGAUCACUUGAUCACAAAGAAUGUAGCUGCGGAAAUUGCUCAAAAAUUAUGUGAUUCUGUUGGCGUAAAGCUGGAAGGAAAGGUGUUGGGUACAUUCGACAGCGUGUCAAGUACUGUUAAGGCAACGCUAACAGACGCACUAGUACAGAUAUUGUCUCCAAAAAGACGAGUUGACAUUCUUCGAGAUGCAAUGGAAGCAAAGCGGAACAAUAGACCUUACGUUAUGACCUUUUGCGGCGUCAACGGAGUAGAGCCGGUGCAGUUGAGCAACUGA